AUGCCCAAUAAUUUGGGAGACUUUGUGUGGACACCUCAAGAUCGCCAGUGUAUCCUGAAUACCUUAGCACAGUUACUUCUGGAUAAGGACUAUACUAUUCUAAUCGGUCGGCAAUUUCGCCCUAUCCUUUUGGAUUUGCUGGAAAGGAAUGCUGAAGCCAUUAAAGCUGGAGGCCAAGUCAACCAUGAUCUACACGAACGACUCUGUGUCUCAAUGAGCAAGCUCAUCGGUAGCCAUCCUGAUGUCCUCCCGUUUGCCCUGAGGUAUUUCAAGGACACUUCUCCAGUCUUUCAAAGACUCUUCCUAGAGAGUUCAGAUGCUAAUCCAGUCCGCUAUGGGCGCAGGCGGAUGAAGCUCCGGGACCUAAUGGAAGCAGCCUACAAGUUUUUACAGCAAGAGCAGUCUGUGUUCCGGGAGCUCUGGGACUGGAGUGUGUGUGUUCCUCUCCUCAGAAGCCACGACACCUUGGUCCGCUGGUACACAGCCCAUUGUCUUGCUGUGGUAACUUGCAUGAAUGAAGAGCACAAGCUGUCAUUCCUUAAGAAGAUUUUUAAUAGUGAGGAACUGAUUCAUUUCAGGUUGAGGUUACUAGAAGAGGCCCAGCUGCAGGACUUGGAGAAGGCCUUGGUUUUGGCCAAUCCAGAAGCUUCCCUGUGGCGUAAGGAGAAAGAACCGCAGUACUUACAGGGACAUCUUGUUUCAGCUGACCUCUCCUCCAGGGUGACUGCUGUCUGUGGUGUGGUACUGCCUGGGCAGCCACCAACUCCUGGAGCGCAGGCUAGUAACAGCAGUUCUUCUCAUGAACAAGAGCUGGCCUUUAGUUCUUAUGUACUGGUUGAGUCAGUCUGCAAAAAUCUUCAGACCCUGGCUAUGGCAGUGGCUUCUCAGAAUGCUGUGUUGUUGGAAGGACCAAUAGGAUGCGGCAAAACUUCUUUAGUUGAACAUUUAGCUGCAAUGACAGGUAGAAGGAAGCCCCCUGAACUUCUCAAAGUUCAGCUUGGAGAUCAGACCGACAGUAAGAUGUUGCUGGGAAUGUACCGCUGCACAGAUGUCCCAGGAGAGUUUGUGUGGCAGCCUGGCACCCUGACACAGGCAGCCACAAAAGGACACUGGAUCCUACUGGAGGAUAUUGACUAUGCCCCCUUAGAUGUGGUUUCCGUACUGAUCCCUCUCUUGGAGAAUGGAGAGCUCUUGAUUCCUGGCCGAGGUGACUGUCUAAAAGUGGCUCCUGGAUUUCAGUUCUUUGCAACCAGGAGACUUUUGAGCUGUGGAGGGAACUGGUAUCGACCACUAAGUAGUCAUGCUACUCUGCUAGACAAACAUUGGACCAAAAUUCACCUGGAUAACAUGGAUAAGACAGAACUGAAUGAGGUUCUUCAGAACAGAUACCCCAGCCUGUUGGCAGUAACUGACCACCUGCUUGGCAUUUACACCCAGCUUACUGGAGAGAAACACCACUCUCAGAGUGAUAGUUCUGUUGGAUGUGAACAGGUACCUAAGGAAGUUUCGGAAGCCAGAACAGAAAACAAAAGACUAAGCCUUGAGGGGAGAGAAUUGUCUCUAAGGGAUCUUCUGAAUUGGUGUAAUAGGAUUGCCCAUAGCUUUCAUAAUCUGUGUCCAUCAGGAUCAUUACAUAUUUUUCAUGAGGCUCUGGACUGUUUCACAGCAAUGCUUUCCAAGCAUACAAGCAAAUUGAAAAUGGCAGAAGUCAUUGGAAGCAAAUUGAACAUUUCCAAGAAAAAGGUUGAAUUCUUCUGUCAACUUUAUAAACCAGAAAUUGUGAUCAAUGAGCUAGAUGUGCAAGUGGGUCGAGUGCGGCUUCUACGGAAACAAAGUGAGGCUGUUCACAUACAGAGGGAGAAGUUUACUUUUGCUGCUACGAGGCCAUCCUCUGUUCUUAUUGAGCAGCUUGCUGUGUGUGUGAGCAAAGGAGAACCAGUAUUGCUGGUAGGAGAGACCGGGACUGGCAAAACCUCUACUGUACAGUAUUUGGCUCACAUUACAGGCCACCGUUUGAGGGUUGUCAAUAUGAAUCAACAGAGUGACACUGCAGACUUGCUUGGAGGUUACAAACCAGUGGACCACAAGCUUAUUUGGCUACCCUUACGGGAGGCAUUUGAGGAACUCUUUGUCCAGACAUUUUCCAAGAAGCAAAACUUUACGUUCUUGGGGCACAUUCAGACCUGUUACAGGCAGAAACGGUGGCAGGAUCUCCUCAGACUAAUGCAACAUGUGCACAAAUCGGCUGUCAACAAGGAUGGAAAAGAGAGCGAAACCGGGUUACUCCUGAAAGAGAAAUGGGAAGCUUUUGGUCUUAGACUUGACCAUGCCCAACAACAGAUGAAAAUGACUGAAAAUGCCCUCUUGUUUGCAUUUGUAGAGGGCACAUUAGCCCAGGCUGUAAAGAAAGGAGAGUGGAUCUUGUUGGAUGAGAUUAAUCUGGCUGCUCCAGAAACAUUAGAAUGUCUCAGUGGUUUGCUCGAAGGCUCUUCUGGCUCCCUGGUGUUGCUGGAUCGAGGGGACACAGAACCAUUGGUUCGUCAUCCUGACUUUCGUUUAUUUGCCUGUAUGAAUCCAGCAACUGAUGUGGGCAAAAGAAAUCUCCCACCAGGAAUAAGAAACAGGUUUACAGAACUUUAUGUAGAAGAACUGGAAAGUAAAGAAGACUUACAAAUUCUUAUUGUGGAUUAUCUGAAAGGACUGAGUGUGAGCAAGAGCACAGUGCAAGGAAUCAUAAACUUCUACAGAGAUGUGCGGAAAGAGUCUGGGAGAACAUUGGUGGACGGGACUGGCCAUAGACCUCACUACAGCCUUCGGACUCUCUGCAGGGCCCUGCGAUUUGCAGCCUCCAAUCCGUGCAGCAACAUCCAGCGUUCACUCUAUGAGGGCUUUUGUUUGGGUUUCCUAACACAGCUUGACAGGGCAUCUCACCCAAUAGUUCAGAAGCUUAUUUGUCAACACAUUGUCUCUGGCAGUAUUAAAAGUUUGCUGAAGCAGCCUAUUCCAGAACCCAAAGGAGGACGGCUUAUCCAGGUUGAAGGCUACUGGAUUUCGAUGGGAGACAAGGAACCUACAAUUGAUGAGACAUACAUUCUCACAUCUUCCGUCAAGCUGAACCUGAGAGAUAUAGUCCGAGUGGUCUCUGCAGGAACCUAUCCAGUGCUGAUUCAGGGGGAGACAUCAGUUGGUAAAACCAGCCUGAUCCGGUGGCUGGCUGCAGCUACUGGUAACCACUGUGUGCGUAUCAAUAAUCACGAACACACGGAUAUUCAAGAGUACAUCGGUUGUUACACAUCUGAUUCCUCAGGGAAGCUUGUGUUUAAAGAAGGUGUUCUUAUUGAUGCUAUGAGAAAGGGCUACUGGAUUAUUUUAGAUGAAUUGAAUUUGGCCCCUACUGAUGUGUUAGAGGCACUGAACAGACUGCUAGAUGAUAAUCGUGAAUUGCUCAUAACAGAAACACAGGAAGUUGUUAAAGCUCACCCUCGGUUCAUGCUCUUUGCUACCCAGAAUCCCCCAGGACUUUAUGGAGGCAGAAAGGUGCUUUCCAGAGCCUUCAGGAAUCGGUUUGUGGAAUUGCACUUUGAUGAAUUGCCAAGUUCUGAGUUGGAAACAAUCUUGCACAAGCGGUGUAGUUUGCCACCCUCUUACUGCAGCAAGUUGGUUAGAGUCAUGCUGGACCUUCAGUCCAAACGCAGAAGUUCUUCAGUGUUUGCUGGAAAGCAGGGCUUCAUCACCCUUCGAGACCUGUUUCGAUGGGCUGAGAGAUACCGAUUGGCUGAGCAGACCAAGGAGGAGUACGACUGGCUACAGCACUUAGCCGACGAUGGUUAUAUGCUUCUGGCAGGCCGAGUCAGGAAACAGGAGGAGGUUGAUGUGAUUCAAGAAGUCCUUGAAAAACAUUUCAAGAAAAAAUUGUGUCCUCAAUCCCUCUUUUCCAAAGAAAAUGUCCUAAAAUUGCUGAGUAAAUUGUCUACUCAGAAAUCCACAUUGGAGUCCAAGUUCAGCCAUAUCGUGUGGACUGAGAGCAUGCGGAGACUGGCCGUGCUGGUGGGAAGAGCAUUGGAAUUCAGUGAACCAGUGCUGUUGGUUGGAGACACUGGGUGUGGGAAAACGAGUAUCUGUCAGGUGUUUGCAGCCUUGGCAAAUCAGAAAUUAUACUCAGUCAACUGCCACUUACACAUGGAGACUUCUGACUUCCUGGGCGGGCUGCGGCCGGUGAGACAGAAGCCAAAGGACAAGGAAGAAAUUGACACAUCUCGGCUCUUUGAGUGGCAUGAUGGGCCUCUGGUUCUGGCCAUGAAGGAGGGCAGCUUUUUCCUCUUGGAUGAGAUCUCACUGGCUGAUGACUCUGUCCUGGAAAGACUCAACAGUGUCCUUGAAGUAGAAAAGUCUCUGGUAUUAGCAGAAAAAGGCAGCCUAGAGGAUAAGGAAAAUGAAGUAGAGCUGUUGACUGCUGGGAAAAAAUUCCGUAUCUUAGCAACCAUGAACCCAGGGGGCGACUUUGGAAAAAAAGAGCUGUCUCCUGCCUUAAGAAACCGGUUUACAGAAAUAUGGUGCCCUCAGAGCACAAACCGUGAAGAUUUAAAACAGAUAAUCAGCAGUAAUCUUCGUCCAGGAUUGUCUCUGGGCAGAAUAGAUCAUAAAGGGGCUGACAUAGCUGAAGUGAUGCUGGAUUUCAUUGACUGGCUGACCCACCAGGAAUUUGGCCGAAGGUGUGUGGUCAGUAUCAGAGAUAUCCUGUCCUGGGUUAACUUCAUGAACACAAUGGGGGAGGAAGCUGCUUUGAAAAGGCCAGAGACCAUCUCCACUGUGACAACUUUUGUCCAUGCUGCAUGCCUGGUGUACAUAGAUGGAAUAGGUUCAGGAGUCACUUCCUCUGGGUUUGGUACAGCCCUCUUGGCUCGCAAAGAAUGUCUGAAAUUCCUAAUCAAGAAACUUUCCAAGAUAGUCCGACUUACAGAAUGUCAGAAAAGUGAAUUAAAGAUUUAUGACAGGCUCAAAGCCAAGGAAUUCACUGGAAUAGAUAAUCGUUGGGGAAUUCAUCCAUUUUUUAUACCAAGAGGACCUAUCCUUCACAGGAAUAACAUUGCGGACUAUGCACUCAGUGCUGGCACCACAGCUAUGAAUGCCCAGAGGCUCUUAAGAGCUACAAAACUGAACAAACCCAUUCUCCUGGAAGGCUCCCCUGGUGUGGGCAAGACGAGUUUGGUGGGAGCAUUAGCAAAGGCUUCGGGCAACACUCUUGUUCGAAUCAACUUAUCAGAGCAGACGGACAUCACAGACCUGUUUGGAGCAGAUCUACCUGUUGAAGGUGGCAAGGGAGGAGAGUUUGCCUGGCGUGAUGGCCCCUUGCUGGCAGCUCUGAAGGCCGGCCACUGGGUUGUGUUGGAUGAGCUCAACCUGGCUUCUCAGUCUGUAUUGGAAGGACUCAAUGCUUGUUUUGACCACCGAGGAGAAAUCUAUAUUCCUGAGUUAGGAAUGAGCUUUCAAGUACAGCAUGAAAAGACAAAGAUUUUUGGUUGUCAAAAUCCCUUUAGACAAGGAGGCGGGAGGAAAGGCUUGCCCAGGUCUUUCCUUAACAGAUUUACUCAGGUCUUUGUGGAUCCCCUUACAGUAAUUGACAUGGAGUUCAUUGCCAGUACUCUGUUUCCAGCCAUUGACAAAAAUAUUGUUAAGAAAAUGGUUGCUUUCAACAAUCAGAUUGAUCAUGAAGUGACUGUUGAGAAGAAAUGGGGGCAAAAAGGAGGACCAUGGGAAUUCAACCUCCGGGACCUUUUCCGCUGGUGUCAGUUGAUGCUGGUUGACCAGUCCCCUGGCUGCUAUGAUCCUGGUCAGCAUGUGUUUUUGGUCUAUGGUGAAAGAAUGAGAACCAGGGAAGACAAAGAAAAGGUCAUUGCUAUAUUUAAGGAUGUGUUUAGUUCAGAUUCAAACCCAUACAUGGGAACCAGACUAUUUCACAUCACUCCCUAUGAUGUUCAGCUGGGCUACUCAGUCCUUUGCCGUGGCGGCUAUGUUACUCCCCCAUCCCGCCAUCCCCUGUUGCUCCUGCACCAGUCGUUACAGUCUCUGGAGUCGAUUAUGAAGUGUGUGCAGAUGAGCUGGAUGGUCAUCCUUGUGGGCCCAGCCUCUGUGGGCAAGACCAGUCUGGUCCAGCUCCUGGCACAACUUACUGGUCACACAUUAAAGAUCAUGGCUAUGAACAGUGCAAUGGAUACGACAGAGCUUCUGGGCGGGUUUGAGCAGGUUGACCUUAUACGGCCCUGGAGGCAGCUGCUAGAGAAGGUGGAGAGCACUGUGAGGGCACUGUUAAGAGACAGCCUCCUUGUCAGUGCUGACGAUGCAGAAGUAGUCCUGCGGGCCUGGAGUCAUUUCCUUCUGACAUACAAGCCCAAAUGUCUUGGAGAAGAUGGUAAAGGUGUCACGAUGGAGAUUGUCAACAAGCUGGAAGCAGUAUUAUUGCUUAUGCAGCGACUCAACAAUAAAAUCAACUCAUACUCCAAGGCAGAGUUUGCCAAACUUGUGGAAGAGUUCCGAAGCUUUGGGGCGAAGCUUGUGCAGUCAUCCAGUGGCGGCAGCCAUGGCACCUUUGAAUGGGUCGACAGCAUGUUGGUUCGGGCCCUGAAGUCUGGAGAUUGGCUUUUGAUGGAUAACGUUAACUUUUGCAACCCGUCCGUGCUGGAUCGUUUGAAUGCUUUGCUUGAACCUGGAGGUGUCCUCACUGUUAGUGAGAGAGGAAUGAUAGAUGGAUCCACUCCCACCAUAACACCACAUCCCAAUUUCAGACUUUUUCUCUCAAUGGAUCCUGUUCAUGGAGAAAUAUCCCGAGCUAUGAGGAAUCGUGGCCUUGAAAUCUACAUUUCAGGAGAAGGGGAUGGGAGCAUCCCAGAUGACCUGGAUCUGAAAGUUCUGCUGCACAGCCUUGGGUUGGUGGGGGACAGUGUGUGUGACACCCUCUUGGCUCUACACAGAGAGACCCAAAGUGCUUUUGUAGGUUCUCCAACAUCAUCUAUUUCAACUCUAAUUCAGACAGCCUUACUCAUUGUGCAGUACCUGCAGCGAGGGCUGAGUUUAGACAGAGCCUUUUCUGAAGCAUGCUGGAAAGCAUAUGUCCGCUCCCAGCACUCACCAGCAAACCAGAAGCUCGGGCAGGCUUUACUGGAGAAACAUAUUUCUUCUCUGCAAGCACAUGAAACCUGGGGUAGCUCCAUUCUUGCUGUGGGGCUGUGGCCAGAUUCUCUACCCUCAGCUCUCUUUGCUAUGGAAGAUUCUCACCUCUCUAUCGUACGAAGUGAUGGACAGAUCUUAGCAUACUGCCUCAACAGGAUGAGCAUGAAAACGAGCAGCUGGGCAAGGAUUCAGCCUCUUACCUUGCCAGACUUAGAGAAAAUUAUGCAGUCCCCCAACCCCGAGAGCCUGAAAUUUAGUUCUGUUGAAGUGGAUACUCUUUGGAUCGAUGAACCAGAAGUUCUGGCCAUGGCUGUUAAAUUGCUCAUAGAAAGAGCAACCAAUCAAGAUUGGAUGCUCAGAGUUAAGUGGCUUUACCAUUUAGCCAAGAAUAUACCACAGGGGCUUGAGUCAAUACAGAUUCAUUUGGAAGCCAGUGCUGCGUCUCUUAGGAAAUUUUACUCAAAUUCUCUCUCAGCUGGGAUCAGUAAUGUCAUCAAAAUAUUACAACCAAAUAUAACAGAAGAAUUUGUGAUUCCUUUGGACCCUCGAUGGAAUAUGCAGGCUUUGGACAUCAUUCGAAGUUCGAUGGACUUUGACCCACAAAUGGACCAGUCUGAGCAGCUCUUUGCCCUUUUAGAGUCCAUUGCAAACAAGACAAUCAUAUAUCUUGACCGGGAAAAGCGAAUUUUUACUGAAGCAAAUCUGGCUUCUGUUGGUGGCAAAAAGUUAAGAAAUAGUGUUCUGAGAAUGUCCUUUGAAUUCCAUAAAGAUCCAGAGAGCUAUCAGAGCCUGCCCCAUGAAAUUGUGGUCAAUCUUGCUGCUUUUUUUGAACUUUGUGAUGCACUAAUCCUGCUCUGGGUACAGUCCUCCCAAGGAAUAGUGUCUGAUGCCAGUGUCAAUGAGAUCUUGGCUUCUCUGCGGUGGCGGGACCGGUUUUGGACUGUGGCUGACACAGUAAAGGUGGAUGCCCCAGGGCUGGCCCUGCUUGCCCUUCACUGGCACUGGGUUUUAAAACAUCUGGUCCGUCAGAUUCCCCAACUCCUGAUGAACCAUGAAGACAAAUACUACAAAGAGGUCCAGACUGUCUCAGAGCAUAUUCAGAAUUGCUUGGGGAGCCCAACUGGUGGCUUCACUGGUAUAAAGAAGUUGCAGAAGUUCCUAGGACGACCGUUUCCUUUUAAGGACAAGCUGGUGGUGGAGUGUUUUUCACAACUGAAAACUCUUAACAAAGCCCUUGCCAUCAGGGAGCGGAUGGCUGCUGUGGGGGAGAGUGUAUGGCUAGAAGACAUCAGUCGGCUCCAAGUGGUUGCUUCUGAAUGGACAUUGAAGAAAAGUCUCCUACAGGCUUGGGGGUUGGUCCUCAGAGCUAAUAUUCUGCAAGAUACCAACCCAGAUGAAUUGAAGAAUCUUGUGAAUGCUCAGUGUUUAGAAGUAAAAGCCAAAGGAAUUUCACUUGGUUUUCUGGAGCGAAAGCCCAGUGAUGCUUCCACCCCAUCUCAGCCAGAUUUUACCUCCUUAAUCCAACUCACCAGGAGUGUGCAGUUAUGGCCUGCAAUGGAGUAUCUGGCUGUGCUUUGGCAGUACAAAGUGACAGCUGAUUUUAUGACACAGGCUUGUCUGAGAAGGUCCAGUAAAAAUCAGCAGCCCCAUAUAGAUGAGGAAAUAAGUAAUCAUAUCACAUUUUGUCUUAAGCACACACCAGUUGCUCCGCAAGAACUUCGAGGCCUUUGGUCCUUACUGCAUCAUUGGAAGGUGUCUAUAGAAGAAGUUGCCUCUCUGUGGUCUGACUUAUUUAAUUCCACAUUUAUGUCUUUCUGGAGCAGUACUGUGACCACAAAUCCAGAGUACUGGCUCACAUGGAGCCCUCUGACCGAUGUGCAGCAGAGGGAGAGGCCCAAGUCUCUUUUGGACUCCACACUGAAGGGCCCUGGCAGUCUCAGUAGAGCCAUGUUCUCCAAGUGCUGCUUCGAAGUCUUGACCAGCAGCUGCAGAGCAAGUCCCUGGGAUGUGAGCGGCCUCCCCAUCCUAUCCUCCUCGCAUGUCACUCUGGGAGAGUGGGUUGAAAGAGCCCAGCAGCUCCGGGACAUCAGCUCAGUGCUUUGGACCAACAUGGCUGUCCCUUCAGUAGCAGAGUUCAGACGCACAGAUUCCCAGCUCCAGGGGCUUGUGCUGUGCCGACACCUGGCAGGCCUGGCUGAGCUGCUCCCCGAGACCCUACGGCAGGAAUACAUACACAACUGCGAGCAGCUGCUGCUUGGGGACAGCCAGGCUUUUCAGCACGUGGGCCAGACUCUUGGGGACAUGGCUGGGCAGGAGUUGCUGCCCAAAGACCUGUUGUGCCUCUUGCUUACCUCCCUACGCCUCCUGUUCGGGGAAGGGGAGGGUAAGCGGGACCUUCCUGAGCCAGCCCGGCGUGGGAGCCUCUGGGUGAGCCUCGGCCUGCUCCAGAUUCAGACAUGGCUUCCCCAGGCACGCUUCGACCCUGCAGUGAAGAGGGAAUACAAGCUCAGAUAUGCCAAGGAAGAGUUAUACCAGCUGCAGUGCGAGUGGAAGACCCGAAACCUCUCGUCCGAGCUACAGACCGGAAGAGACCUGGAAGAUGAAGUCAUUAUCAGUUACUCUCAUCCUCAUAUCAGGUUGCUUUACCAAAGAAUUGAUCAGCUGGAGAAUCUAAUACGCAGCCUGUCGAAGAAGCAGGCCUUUAGACCCCAGCUGCCUGCAUAUGAGUCCUUGGUGCAGGAGAUCCACCACUACAUCUCCAGCAUUGCCAAGGCCCCAGCUGUUCAGGAUCUGCUCACACGGCUCCUGCAGGCCCUGCAGAUGGACGGGCUUCGGUCUGCCCAGGUGGCCCAGAACCUUCUGAAGGAGGAAGCCUCCUGGCAGCAGUCGCACCACCAGUUCAGGAGGCGGCUGGCCGAGGAGUACGCCCUGUAUCCAGACUCCGUGACCCCACUGCAGGCAUCCAUCUUGCAGAUGCAGCAUGGCAUGAGGCUAGUGGCAUCAGAGGUCCACUCCUCACUCCACAGCAGCGUGGUCUGUGCAGACAGGCUGGACACUCUGGUCGCAUCCCUGUUGGCUUUCCCAUCGGUGGGCCCCACCUUCCCCACUUACUAUGCUCAUGCAGAUGCUUUGUGCUCAGUCAAGUCAGAGGAGGUUCUGCGAGGCCUUGGGAAGUUGACCCUCAAGCGCUCAGGAGGAAAGGAGCUGGAAGGCAAGAGCCAGAGACCCUGCCCCACCCGAGAACAGCUGCUGCUGAACGCCCUUCUUUACCUGCGUUCCCAUGUGCUCUGCAAGGGAGAGCUGGACCAGAGGGCCUUGCAGCUCUUCAGACACGUGUGCCAGGAAGUCAUCAAUGAAUGGGAUGAGCAGGAACGCCUUGCCCAAGAGAAGGCCGAGCAGGAGAACAGCCUGUACAGAUAUAGGAGCAGGAGCUCCCGGACAGCCCUGAGCGAGGAGGAAGAGGAGGAGCGGGAGUUCAGAAGACAGUUUCCACUGCAUCAGCAGGACUUCGCAGAUAUUUUGGUAGAACCAACACUAGAGGAGAAGGGAACUUCAGAUGGGCAAGAAGCAGCAGCAGCCACAGACCCCACCCUCCUCUCCUCAAGCUCCAUGCAGGCUGUGAUGCUGAUUCACCAGCAGCUGUGCCUCAGCUUUGCUCGGUCCCUCUGGUACCAACAGACUCUGCCACAGCAUGAGGCAAAGCACUACCUCAGCCUGUUUCUGUCCUGCUAUCAGACUGGGGCAUCUCUGGUGACACACUUCUACCCCCUAAUGGGCGUUGACCUGAAUGCCCAACUCUUGGGCAGCCAGCUUUUGGCCUGCACCCUCUCCCAUAACACUCUCUUUGGGGAGGCGACCUCAGACCUGAUAGUGAAGCCAGAUGGACCCUAUGACUUCUACCAGCACCCCAACGUCUCAGAAGCACGGCUUUGUCAACCUGUGCUUCAGGGUUUCUCAGAGGCUGUCAUUCGGCUGCUGCAGGAUUGGCCGGAACAUCCAGCACUUGUGCAGCUGAUGGUUGUAAUGGACAGAAUUCGUAGUUUCCCACUUUCCAGCCCUAUCUCCAAGUUCCUGAAUGGGUUAGAGAUCCUUCUGGCAAAGGCACAGGAUUGGGAGGAGAAUGCAAGUCGAGCUCUCUCUCUGCGGAAACACCUGGAUUUGGUCAGUCAGAUGAUCAUUCGUUGGCGUAAACUGGAACUGAACUGCUGGUCUAUGAGUUUGGAUAAUACCAUGAAGCGCCACACUGAGAAAUCCACCAAGCACUGGUUCUCCAUCUAUCAGAUGCUUGAGAAGCACAUGCAGGAACAAACAGAAGAGCAGGAAGAUGACAAACAGAUGACCCUGAUGUUGCUGGUCAGCACGUUACAAGCAUUUAUUGAAGGAUCCUCACUGGGAGAAUUCCAUGUACGCCUUCAGAUGUUACUGGUUUUCCAUUGUCAUGUCUUGCUGAUGCCACAAGUUGAAGGAAAAGAUUCACUUUGCAGUGUUCUAUGGAAUUUGUACCAUUAUUACAAGCAAUUCUUUGACCGGGUCCAAGCCAAAAUUGUGGAACUUCGUUCCCCCCUAGAAAAAGAACUUAAAGAAUUUGUUAAAAUAUCCAAGUGGAAUGAUGUCAGCUUCUGGUCCAUUAAACAAUCUGUGGAAAAGACACACAGGACCCUCUUUAAAUUCAUGAAGAAAUUUGAAGCUGUCCUCAGUGAACCCUGCCAGUCAUCCCUGGUGGAGAGUGACCAGGAGGAGCAGCCUGACUUUUUGCCUCAGCCAACAGAAGCAACCACGAGUGAAGCAUCACCCAUUCGGAAUCUGAACAAGGCUUUGAGGGAGACUCUGCUAGCCCGGCCAGCAGCUGCGCAGGCCGCAGUUCCACAACAGUGUCUGGGGGCCCCUUACCCCUCGGAGGGUGAGCUGCUGUAUCGCUUGCCGAAGCUCACAAAACGAAUGAGGAAGAUGUGCCUGACGUUCAUGAAGGAAAGCCGCCUCCCUCACCUAGUGGAUGGCCUCGAUCAGUUUACCGGUGAAGUAAUUUCCUCUGUGAGUGAGCUGCAGAGCUUACAGGUGGAGCCCUCUGCAGAGAAGGAGAAGCAGCGGUCAGAAGCCAAGCACAUUCUCAUGCAGAAGCAGCGAGCAUUGGCAGACCUCUUUAAGCACCUUGCAAAAACCGGUUUGUCGUAUCGCAAAGGUCUUGCCUGGGCCCGUUCCAAAAACCCUCAAGAGAUGCUUCAUCUUCGCCCGUUGGAUCUCCGGAGCGCCUUGUCUAUAGUCAGCAGCACUCAGGAGGCAGAUUCUAGGCUGCUUACAGAAAUCUCGUCUUCGUGGGAUGGGUGCCAGAAGUAUUUUUAUCGCUCUCUCGCACGACACGCCAGACUUAGUGCAGCCCUAGCAGCUCCUGUCAAGGAAAUGGGCGUGGGCAGCAUUGAGCGGUGUAAGGGGUUCUCGGCACAUUUGAUGAAGAUGCUUAUCCGACAGCGGCGCUCCCUGACCACACUGACUGAGCAGUGGAUCCUCCUCAGAAACCUCCUCAGCUGUGUGCAGGAGAUUCAGGGCAGGCUGACAGGGCCACUGCUCUACCCCGUGGCCUUCCCGCCUCAGGACGGUGUGCAGCAGUGGACAGAGAGGCUGCAGCACUUAGCCAUGCAGAGCCAGAUCCUGCUUGAGCAGCUCUCCUGGCUCCUCCAGUGCUGCCCUGAUGCAGCGUCAGCUCCAAGCCAAGGUGAUGCCCGGGCACAGGGUCAGUCUUCUACCCUCUGCCCAGAAGGACCAGAGCUCACCACGGGGCAGCUUUCCAGAGCAGUGCUGGACUUCAGCCCAUCAGAUCUGAGCUAUCCAUCCCCAGUACCUGGCAAUCAGCUGCCCUCCGGUUGCCGGAUGCGGAAACAGGACAAGCUUUGGCAGCAGUCAACUUCGAGAUUAACUGAGAUGCUGAAGACCAUUCAAACGGUGAAAGCUGACGUUGACAGAAUUAGGCAGCAGUCUUGUGAGACUCUCUUUCAUUCUUGGAAAGAUUUUGAAGUUUGCUCUUCUGGGCUGAGUUGCCUGUCCCAGGUGUCAGCUCAUUUGCAAGGCCUAGAGUCCUUGUUCAUUCUUCCAGGGAUGGAGGUUGAGCAAACAGACCAACAAAUGGCAUUAGUUGAGAGUCUGGAAUAUGUCAGAGGAGAAAUCGGUAAAGCCACAGAUGACUUUACUACCUGGAAGACACAUCUUCUCACGUCAGGCAGCCAAGGAGGAAACCAACUAUUGGAUGAAGGGUUUGUGGAAGAUUUUGCAGAGAAAAUGGAAACUGCUAUCCGGUCCAUCCUUUAUGCCAUCCAGAACUUAGCAGAAAGAAAUAGUAAAAAGGCAGAUGAGAACACUGACCAGAUAAGGCCACAGAAAGAGGAUGCAGGCUUUGAGAAACUACAAUCAGGACAUCUAACAAAACUCUUAGAGGAAGACUUGUGGGCUGACGUGAGCACUUUGCAUGUGCAGAAAAUAAUUUCUGCUAUCUCUGAGCUGUUGGAGAGACUGAAAUCAUGUGAGGACGGCACAGCAGCAAAGCAUACGUUCUUCAGCCAGUCCUGCUGCUGGUUGGUGCGCCUGCUGCCCAUGCUCUCCAGGUACUCAGACCUCGUCCUCUUCUUCCUGACCAUGUCUUUGGCAACUCAUCGUAGCACUGCAAAGCUGCUCUCUGUGCUUACCCAGGUCUUUACGGAGCUUGCUCAGAAGGGAUUUUGCCUACCCAAAGAAUUUAUGGAAGAUUCAGCAGGCGAGGGAGCAACUGAGUUUCAUGACUAUGAGGGAGGUGGAAUUGGAGAAGGUGAAGGCAUGAAGGAUGUGAGUGACAAGAUAGAAAAUGAAGAACAGGCAGAAGAUACAUUUCAGAAGGGUCAAGAAAAGGAUAAAGAGGAUCAUGACUCAAAGUCAGACAUUAAGGGCGAGGAUAAUGCCAUUGAGAUGUCAGAAGACUUUGAUGGGAAGAUGCAUGAUGGGGAGCUUGAAGAACAAGAAGAGGAGGAUGAGAAGUCAGAUAGUGAGGGCGGAGACCUGGAGAAACAGAUGGGCGAUCUGAAUGGUGAGGAAGCUGACAAACUAGAUGAGAGGCUUUGGGGUGAUGACGAGGAGGAGGAAGAUGAGGAAGAAGAAGACAGCAAAACUGAAGAAACAGGACCAGGAAUGGAUGAGGAAGAUUGUGGACUUGUUGCUAAAGAUGACAACUUGGAUUCUGGGAAGUCAAACAGAGAUAAAAACCAGCAUGAUAAGAAGGAAGAAGCAGAAGCUGAUGAUGGACAAGGCCAAGACAAAAUUAAUGAACAAAUAGAUGAGAGGGAAUAUGAUGAGAGUGAGGUGGAUCCUUACCAUGGCAACCAGGAGACGCUGCCAGAGCCUGAGGCCUUGGACCUUCCAGAGGAUUUGAAUCUAGAUAGUGAAGACAAGAACAGUGGUGAGGACACGGACCAGGAAGAAGGAGAAGAAGAGAAUCCUUUGGAAAUUAAAGAAAAAGCAAUGGAUACUGAAGAAGCAGGUCAUGAAGCUGAGGAAAUAAAUGAAGAGACUGGGGCCAAUCAGAAUGAAGAUCAGGGUCAGCAGGAGCCUGAGGAAGGCUCCAGUGAAGAUGACAAGGGGGAAGGGGUGGAAGAGAUGGACACAGGAGCUAGUGACCAAAACAAAGAUACCGACCAGCAUUCUGAGGAAAGCUCAGAAGAGGAGGAGCCAUCUCCAGAGGACAAGGACAACAACGCUGAAGCCAGUGAGGACAGUGCAGACAAUGGUGUCUCUGUUGACCAAGGUCUCCAGCCUCAGGAGGAAAAAGAAGAAGGGGAGGACUCUGACACAGAGGAGCAGGUGCCAGAGGCUACGGAGAGGAAGGAGCACUCCUCCUGCGGGCAGACAGGGGUGGAGAACAUGCAGAGCGAGCAGGCGGUGGAGCUGGCUGGGGCCGCGCCUGAGAAAGAGCUGGGGAAGGAGGAACACGGGAGUGGAGCUGCGGAUGCGAACCAGGCAGAAGGCCACGAAUCCAAUGUCAUCGCCCGGUUGGCCUCCCAGAAACAGACCAGGAAGAACACACAGAGUUUUAAGAGGAAACCUGGACAGGCCAACAAUGAACGCUCCCUGGGUGAUCACAAUGAGCACGUGCACAAGAGGCUGAGGACUGUGGAUAUGGACAGCCACACGGAGCAGGAGCCCACUCCGGCCCAGCCCCAGCCCCAGGCAGAGGACGCAGCUGCAUUUGAGCACAUCAAACAAGGGAGCGACCCUUACGAUGCGCAGACCUAUGAUGUAGCCAGCAUGGAGCAGCAACAGUCUGCAAAAGACUCCAGCAAGGAGCAGGAGGAGGAGGAAAGAGGGGACAUCUUUAUGGACGUGGAGGAGCAGGAGGAGCUCCAAGCGGUAGACACCGAGCAGCUGAAGCCAGAGGAGGUCAAGUCGGGGACCACAGCAGGCUCCGGCAUUGAUGAGAUGGAGACCAAAACUGUUAAAACAGAGGAAGACCAAGACCCCAGGACAGACAGAUCCCACAAGGAGACAGAGAAUCAGAAACCUGAGAGAAGCCGAGAUUCGACCAUUCAUACGGCCCAUCAGUUCCUGGUGGACACGAUUUUCCAGCCCUUUUUAAAAGAUGUUGAUGAGCUAAGACAGGAGCUGGAGAGACAGCUGGAAAGGUGGCAGCCACAUGAACCUGGAAACCCAGAAGAAGAAAAGGCUGCAGCUGAGAUGUGGCAGAGCUACCUGAUCUUAACUGCACCUCUCUCACAACAGCUGUGUGAACAGCUUCGCCUCAUAUUGGAGCCCACCCAGGCAGCCAAGCUGAAAGGAGACUAUCGAACUGGGAAGCGAUUGAACAUGCGGAAGGUCAUCCCAUACAUUGCUAGCCAAUUCCGAAAAGACAAGAUUUGGCUCCGAAGGACCAAGCCCAGUAAACGCCAGUAUCAGAUUUGUUUGGCUAUCGAUGACUCUUCUAGCAUGGUAGACAACCAUACCAAACAGCUUGCCUUUGAAUCUUUGGCUGUGAUUGGAAAUGCUCUAACUCUGCUGGAAGUGGGUCAGAUUGCGGUGUGCAGUUUUGGAGAGUCCGUAAAGCUGUUACACCCAUUCCACGAACAGUUCAGUGAUUACUCGGGGUCCCAGAUUCUACGGCUCUGCAAAUUCCAACAGAAGAAAACCAAGAUUGCUCAGUUUCUAGAGUCGGUAGCCAGUAUGUUUGCAGCCGCUCAGCAGCUCUCACAGAACGUCAGUCCAGACGCUGCACAGCUCCUCCUGGUGGUCUCUGAUGGGCGCGGCCUCUUCCUCGAGGGCAAAGACAGAGUCCUGACGGCAGUCCAGGCUGCCCGGAAUGCGAACAUCUUCGUCAUUUUUGUUGUGUUGGAUAAUCCCAGUUCCCGGGAUUCUAUCUUGGACAUUAAAGUGCCAAUAUUUAAAGGACCCGGAGAGCUGCCUGAAAUUCGAUCCUACAUGGAGGAGUUCCCAUUCCCCUUCUACAUAAUUCUUCGCGACGUAAACGCACUCCCCGAGACACUCAGCGAUGCCCUCAGGCAGUGGUUUGAGUUAGUGACAGCCUCUGACCACCUGUAGACCAGCAAGAACUUAGUCCAAAGUUGAGACUUGAAACGACGGUCAAGAGCUACUUCUUGCCCAGGUGCUCCUUUCUGGACACUUCUGAAUUUGCAGCUCUAAGUUAUAUUUUAUCUUAGGUCUGAUUUAUAAAAAUUCACUCAGCUACAAAAAAACGCAUUGCAGUGUACAUUUUGACAUGAUUUCAGAGGAAACUUGGGUUCCUUGGCCUAGGCUACUGUUAUUAAAACAGACGUGGGGCAGCGAAGGAGCAGCAGGCGUCUGGUCUCGUACCUGAGAGAUUGCCCUGCCAGCCUGUCUUGGAAGCCCUGGCCUGAGAGGAGGCCAGCCCCUCCGUGGGCCCAGCUGUCUGCUUUCCCUCGAAGGGACCCUGGACACCUGCCUUGAGGUGCUGCCAGGAGCCCGGGGCUGUGCCAGUCCUUUGGCUACAGGCCUGACGGGAGCUGUGCUUUUGACCCCACUCUAAGGUUUGGCUUUGCCAAGCCCACAGUGUGGACCCAAAAGCUGUCAAGUGGCUGGGACAGCUGCAGUCCUCAGAGGCUGAGUGUGUUUUCUUACUGUGCUUCCCAUGAAAAGAACCACCUUCUCUUUGGGGAAGAGGCUGGUUGUAUGUGUGCUCAUAAGCCCCAGCCAUCCAGGGCUCCAGGAAGCAGAGCUGAUCCCUGGGCUGUAUAAACAUGAAGUGGCUUUUCAGUGUCCUUCACAUUUGCUGCUUCGGGAGACUAUGCAAUGAUGGGAAGAUGAUUAUCCCCUUGUGUAUUUCAUUCUCUCAGUGCCAUAGUCCCUGCUGUUGUAGUAAUUUAUUUCUUUAGUUCCUUUUUUUCUUAUCAGUUAAGGGGAAGAAUCAUUCCUCACACUGCUUUCAAGCUGGACUGAGCCAGUUUUAUUCUGGAAAAGAUAUGCUGUAUCCAGAAGAACUAAGAAGCUACAUCUAUUUUUUUUCCCCAGUCAAAAUACAUCAACGGUUUUUAGGCAGUUUUUACUUGGCCAGAAAGCAGUGCUUGAAUACUUGAAACUGUUUGACUUAAGUUCUGACCGUCAGAAUGUUGUUUUGUAGACAACAUGCCAUGAUGUAAUUGUCUGUGUCCAUGUCUGUUAUCAAGUUACACUGUGAAGUUUGCCACUCUUUUUGAGGUGGUGAACAAAACACAGAUUGUUUGUUUAACCAAGAGUCCAAAGCAUGUACCUGAUGUUAUAUCAUUUAUUUUUUAUUCUAAAAAGCUAUGAGCUUAUAUUCUGAAAACUAUUAAAAAAUAUACCAGUGGUGA